UUCUCGCUGAGAUAUCCUCGAUAGCCGAUAUCGCUGCUCCGGAUGUGCGGACCAUCGCCUCCCCCAUCCUCUGGCCCCCCUCGUUGCACGCGCGAUACAUCGGAAAGAGGAGAGCCGUCGUCGAUCGAAGCGAUUCGCGAUCGAAUCUAGCUUCUGGACGAGAGGUUAGGGGGGUGUAUCCUCGAAUAACGACGCCACGACGCCAUUGACAGCGCGGACACCUGAGCCGGAUGCCGGACACCGGGAUAACGGUGUAACUGGUGGUACCGCGAGUUUGACAGGCUGUCCGUCUCUCCCUCUCCCCUCCUCCCCGCGAUUGAUCCACGUGCUAGGAGGCGUAAGAACGCUCCUGUAUGCUCGCCGAUAAAGCCCGUCGAUUUCAACGACGACGAGGACGUCCAUCAUAGCCGAGUCUGGUGAUUAGACAACGCGCCCUCGGAAUCGUUCCGGAAUCGUCCCGGCGAGCGAGCCAAUCGCGUUCGGGCCGGUCUACUCCGCUCGGUUGGUAAAAAAGAAGCGAGCUGCUCCGAUACGUCGAGGGGAAUUCCUACGUCGCGGCCCGGAGCGUUGAGAGGAAGGGAGAGAGAGGAAGAGAGAGAGAGAGAGAGAGAGAGAGACGGAGGGAGAAGGAGCGAUAUACGAAUAGGGAGGGAGGGUGGCCACCUAGAGAGAGAAAGACGCAGGAAGCGGACGCGCGGAGAAAGGAGACGGAGGGAGAGGCAGAUAGAGAAGCCCCGAGGCUAGGGGAGGGGAGGCGACUCGCUAGAAAGCUAGGUAUCGGGAGGCGACGGGGAAAGCUAGAGCUCUUCACCACCCGCACGAGUUUCCCUUCGACAGUCGUCCGAAGCGACACGCGGCGUCUUUUCUUCCUUCUCCGAGUGCGAGUGGACUAGUCGUAGCCAGUAGACGGUUGUAGCUCGUCGUCAUAGUCUAUCCCUCGUCGUCGAUUUGCUUUGGAAAAUCGUCAUCACCUCGUGACGUGUAAUCGUUGGUGUCGUCACAGAAGGAGGGAGCGGCGUGCUCGAAGGAGGGAGCAAAACGCGGGACGGAAGAGAACCAAAGAGAGAGGAGAAAGAGAGAGAGGGUGCGAGGAAGUGCGUGCGUCGUAAUAGACGAGGGAGAGAGAGAGAGGAGAGUCUUGAGACGUCUUGAGAGAUCUCGUCUGCAACAUUCCGGGAUAUAUCGUUGGGUCGCCUCGACAUUGAUGAACGUGUCGCUCCGGGACGAGGGCGAGAAAGUAUACCCCUUUUUACCGCUCUUCCCUCCUCCUCUCUUCGCCCCGGUGGUGCGAGAGCUCAGCCAGUGUUUUUAGUGCCAGUGUUUAAAGUCUACCUCAAGAGAGUCGGCGGCUUGCGAUAAAGCGGUUUAAGAAGAAUUAUUUAACGGAGAGAGAGAGAGAGAGAGAGAGAGAGAGAGAGAGAAAGAGAGAAAGAAAUUAAUACGUAUAUAUAUAUUUAUAUAAAUUAAAUAUAUAUAUUAGAAGAAGAGAGAGAAGAGGAGAUACUGAGUGAGCCUUUUACGUUUUGUGCGCGAGUUCUACCUACAAGAGAGCGAAAUUAUUAACGUAAACAUGUCUCUGGAUAAGUUCGCGGAAGGUGGGAUGCUGCAGAAGGAGAUGGAGCGUCUGGAGAUCGAGGAGAAGAACGGCGAUAGUCAAAGCAGCAGCGGCGUCGCCAAAGUCCUGGUGAGCAACCUCCCGGCCCACGCCCGAAUAGAAGAUCUCGAGGGAUUGUUCUCCAAUUACGGCCAGGUACAGAACAUCGAGAAGCUGUCGUCGCGGGACUCAAAUACGCAGACCUUACUCGUCAGCUAUGAGACGCAGGAACAAGUACAGCACGCUGUGAACCAGUUGAAUGGCUACGAGUACGACGGCAAUCCGCUGAAAGUGGAGAUGUCCUCGGCGGAGGGCCGACGAAGGGGCCGCAGCCAGCGCGGCGGCGGCGUCGCCUUCUCCGGGUUGCCGGGUUCCGGUCGUCAGACCGACUUCCCGCUACGCAUCCUCGUCCAGUCGGACAUGGUGGGCGCCAUCAUCGGCCGGCAGGGCUCGACGAUACGGCAGAUCACUCAGGUGUCCCGUGCCAGAGUCGACGUUCACCGCAAGGACAACGUCGGCUCCCUGGAGAAGGCCAUCACCAUCUACGGCAACCCCGAGAAUUGCACGAACGCCUGCAAGAAGAUUCUGGAUGUCAUGCAGCAGGAGGCAGCGUCUACGAAUAAGGGGUACGACGACGUCGCGAGUCGCGUUGAUACUCCCAAAAUGGAACCAGAGAUCACCCUCAAGAUCCUCGCGCAUAAUAAUCUCAUCGGUCGAAUUAUCGGGAAGGGCGGCAACACCAUCAAAAGAAUUAUGCAGGACACCGAUUCCAAGAUCACCGUCAGCAGUAUCAACGAUAUCAAUAGCUUUAAUCUCGAGCGCAUUAUUACUGUUAAGGGAACGAUCGAAAACAUGAGCAAGGCCGAGUCCAUGAUCUCCAGCAAACUGCGCCAGAGUUACGAGAAUGAUUUGCAAGCUAUGGCUCCGCAAAGCAUGAUGUUCCCCGGUCUUCAUCCGAUGGCCAUGAUGUCCACCGCCGGAAUGGGCUACAGCUCCCGCGGACCCGGCCUCUAUGGCUCGGGACCCGCCCCGUAUCCCUACCAGAGCAGCCUACCUACUCAACAGGGCGUCCCCGCUAGCGACACUCAGGAGACGACCUUUCUAUACAUUCCCAACAAUAGCGUCGGUGCCAUCAUCGGCACCAAGGGCUCCCACAUUCGUAAUAUCAUCAGGUUCUCUGGAGCCAGCGUCAAGAUCGCGCCUCUCGAACAGGACAAGCCGGCCGAGCAGCAAACCGAAAGAAAGGUCACCAUCAUCGGCUCCCCGGAAUCUCAGUGGAAGGCCCAGUACUUGAUCUUUGAGAAGAUGCGGGAGGAAGGCUAUGUCGCAGGCACUGAAGACGUUAGACUGACCAUUGAGAUCCUCGUGCCCAGCACCCAAGUCGGUCGUAUCAUCGGCAAAGGCGGUCAAAACGUUAGAGAGCUGCAACGCGUGACCGGUAGCGUCAUUAAACUAUCGGAACAACAAGCCACUCCUCCUUCAGCUGAAGAAGAGACCACCGUCCAUAUCAUUGGCCCGUUCUUCUCCGUUCAGUCGGCCCAGAGAAGAAUCCGCGCCAUGGUCUUGCAAUCGGGCACCCCCGGAGGAACCAGCGGAGCUGGCUCGCGUGCCGGUCGCGGUAGCAGCCAGGAGGGCGCGUCCCGUUCCAAGAGAGACGGCAGCGCUACCUCUCAGGGCGGUGCGACGUCGCAGCCCCAGCAAUCGAGCGGUUCACCAUCCAGCCAGCAGCAGCAGCCGCCACAAUCGCCGCAAAGCCAGUAACGUCGAUGACAUCCACAUUGACGCGGACCGACGCCUAUCCGUUUUAUUCGCCGGAGUGGCCUCGUCGUCGCUUUGACAUUCUCUCUCGUCGAGAGGCCGAGCUUAACACGACCACCUCCUCCUCUCGCGAGGCACGAAAUCCUCCCCGGCGGGGGAGGGCUUUGAACGAGAGUGCGCGACGCGCAGAUUGUGACGGGAAGACGCGCUGAGACAACGUUUCUGAGAGUUAACUCGACAUCAGCCACGAUCGAUUCUCGAACUCUCCGAACCCUGCGAAUUGAUUCCCGAGAAUUUCCGCUUUCUGCGAGCGUGAUCCGGGAGUUAUAAUAUAAGACAAGUUGACGAGAAUUCCCCGGGAAUGAAUUCGUAGCGUCUCGGCGAGCUCGGCGGCGAGUUAAUUCUGAGAAUUCGCGGAGGAUUCCAAUUUCGAGGGAUCCGAGACCCGAUGUAAAUGUAACUGUCAGUCAACGAGGCUCUCCGUUCGGUUUGACACGCGCGUCUAUCGUGAUCGACCUCGACUUUAAUCGUCAACGAAUGAUGCUCCGCGUCCUGGACGUCUCGUCGCCAAUGGGAAACGCAAUUGUUGCGAAACGAAAUCGAUCGCAUUGGCUGGAAAUCGCGAUUCUCCAGUCGACGAAAAAUCUGACAGGAUCGACGAAGGAUCGAGCGAGGACACACGAGGGACGUACUCGCUGCGACCGAACGGAAGAACGCCAAAAGCGUACUAAUCUAAGCUGGCUCGGCUCCAGCCCAAGAUACACUGCCGGUUUUACUUGAUCACUCUCGUUGACCAAGGGAUUAACCGUGUCGUUUUCCCCUUCGCUCUACGCGUCGCGUCCACAUCCUGCGACAACGACAAAGCGACACGUGUGACCGCGCACGACCCGAUUUCGCAGCGCUAUAACGAAACCACCGCCGCCGAUGAAAUAGGAUACGAUGAUUUGAGAGAACAAACUGAUAAGGCAUUAAAGAAAAAAAAAAUAAUAAAAAAGAGAAAAACACACAACCUUAUUACCUCAUUGCAUUACGGUUAAAGAUUUAAUACGAUAGAGGAAAGUGAAACGUGCGGGAGAAAGGAUAAACCGAUUAAUCUAAAAAAAAAAAAAAGAAGUCUAUCUAAUAUUAAAGUUAUUAAUAAUAUACAGAGAGAGAAAGUUAAGUGACAAUUACAUAUUACGUUAUACCUGUUAUUACAUACUACUACUGCAACUAUUACUAUUAUUAUUACAUACUACUAUUAUCGCUAUAUACUAUUUACUUACUUCUUAACUAGAACUACAGGAGGAAAGCGGUUUUUCUUAAAAGCAACAACAAACGGAUGCAAAAGCGCAAACUUAGAUACACAGUUUUUUAUAUAUCACAAUCCAACAAGAGACGUUACAUUGAAAUAAUAUGGGACUUAAAGAGUAACCAUAGAGACACCGUGAACACCGUGGGACAGCGACUCGUUCCCGGUCGUCGACAUUAAAAUAAGUCAGGAUGCCUCAGGAGGAGAAAAACAAUAAAGUGACUCCUACGCCCCCAUCCCGCCCCUCCUCGCACCAUGUAAUACCAAAGAAGAAGCGACUAUGAGUUUUUUCGUAUUAGUGAAGUGAAAUGCGUCGUGUACGCUCUAUUCACCUCAAGUUCCUCAAGAGCCGCGAGAGUGAGAGAGAGAGAGAGAGAGAGAGGGGUCAGAUAGAUAAAGAUGGGAGGGGAGAUCGACGAGCAGUCAUCAAGAUGUCGAGAACAGCGCCGACGAGAUAUCGAGUCGCUUGGCACGGAUGAUUGAUGGCGAUGAAAACAGAAAAAAAGAAAAAUCGAAAACAUGGAACUAGAGAGAGACAGAGAGAGAGAGAGAGAGAGAGAGAGAGAGGUAGCAAGAGAGGAAGCAAAAGUCCUAGCGUAUGGUACGAUACGAACUGGCCGUAUUUGUGCCGUAUUUUUAAAGAGUGUUACU